AUGUCCAGGAGACUGCAGGCACUCAUUGAGGCUAAGGGCUGCCUGACAAAUUAUGGCCUUUUACCCAGAGCCGUUCUCCUGCUGAUGCUUGGAGCAGUUUGUAUUCAACUGAAUGCAGUCGUAGAUGCUGAUGGACCUGACAGGUGCUGGUGUUUAAAAAGUUUAAAUAAACGUGUCCCAAGAGAAGAGAUUGAAGAGUUUUCCAUUUUCCCCCGAAGAUCAAAGUGUAACAAGGUUGAAAUCAUACUGACACUAAAACCUGUGAAUAACUCAACCGAAGUGGUGAAGCGCUGCCUGAGUCCAGAGACAAAACAAGGAAUUAACCUGCAGACUUGCUGGAACAAGAAGAACGUCAACAACACCUCCACAUUUAAGACAUCCAGCUGCUUCGAAAGCCAUCACUGAAAGAGCAGAAGAGCAGGGGAGGACAGAAGGGGGAACCUAAAUAUUUUUUUGUAAUAAAAGCUACUUUAUACAGUUUUGUAAUAAAAGCCAGUUUCAAGUUAUUUUGAAAAUCCAUUAUAUUACUCUCUUGAUAUGAGAAUAUGCAUAAGGUUAAUAGUAUAGGAAACAUUUUAGUUAGCAGUAGCUAUUGAGUAGAUAUCAGACGUCGAGAAAGAUAGUCUUUCUGAAGUUUCUUCACUCUAUUUGAGUUUUUAUCUGUAUAUUUUACAUGAGCCCCAUCUACUGGUUAAGUCUAUAUAUGUACACUUAAAAUGCCUUAAAAGUUUGACGACUGACAAAAUAAUUACAUGCAUGUAUACAGGUGUCUUACUUAAAGGUGUGUGGUUCGAUCCUUUUAACCAGUAUGUCAAUGAACUGAAUUUAAAAUACGUUAAAAAUUCAGAGAACGCUCAGUGACAUUUUUUAUCAUAACAUAUCUACAGCUCAUUAUAUUUACACGCUAUGGUAAACAACAGAGUUAAAUAACCAGGGGCAAACACACUGCUUAUUUCAUGUUAAAAUAAAAGUCAUUCACGUGCAAGCGGAAAAUGUAAAUAAAUAAUAAAAUGAUUUUAAAGGCG